AUGCAGUCCGUUAUCACCAUCGCCACCCUGAUCACCGCCGCCUUCGCCGGCGUGAUCCCCCGAGAUGAAGCCAACGGACCCGUCAACAUCCCCGUCGACAGCGUCGGCAACCCCAAGGGUGAUACGGUUCAGGCCAUCACGCACUUGUACAUCUGCUCCGACGCCAACUUCUCCGGCCGUUGCCAGAACUUGGAGUCCAACACUGGCCAAUGCUACGACUUGGGCAACGGCUUCAACGACGUUGUUUCAUCGCUUGGGCCUGAUGCGGGAACUUCUUGCACUAUCUGGGAGAAUGCUGGAUGCACGGGAGCCUCCAUCGUCAAUAUUGUCAACCCUGGUAUCUACAAUCUCGCUGACUCCAACUGGAACUUCAACGACAAGAUGAGCUCCUACCGGUGCUUCUAG